GGGGGGAGGGAGCGGCGCCGGGCGCGGUCCCGACUGAGCAUGCUCGGCCGCGCGCGGGAGGGGCGGGCGCCGCGCCUUAGCGGACGGCGAGGCCCACUGCCCGGAUCCGGAGACCAUGGAGAAGUACCAGAUUUUGGACCAAUUGAGUCCCGGAGCCUUAGGAGUGAACCUGGUAGUAGAAGAAACAAAAACUCAAGACAAGCACUUGAUAAAACAGGUGGAAUGCAUCGAUGAGCAUCACGCCAACGAGGCCCUGGAGGAGCUGAUGCCCCUGCUGAAGCUCCAGCACGCCAACAUCGCUGUGUACCAGGAGCUCUUCAUCAUGUGGGACAGCAAGAUCUCCUCGCUGUUCCUCUGCCUCGUGAUGGAGUACAGCAAGGAAACCCUCCAGGAUGUCAUCGAAAACAAGAGGAAGGAAAAAGCAUUCAUUGACUCUGAGUGGAUGCAGAGCAUUCUGGGCCAGGCAAUGGACGCCCUGGAUUACCUGCACCAGCUGGGCAUCAUGCACAGGAACCUCAAACCCUCCAACAUCAUCCUCGUCGGCAGCACCCAGUGCAAACUUGAGGACCUCAGCUCCCACACGCUGAUGACCCACGAGGCCAAGUGGAACAUUCGUGCGGAGGAAGACCCCUGUCAGAAAUCGUGGAUGGCCCCAGAAGCCCGCAAAUUCUCCUUCAGCCAGAAAGCUGACAUCUGGGCCCUGGGCUGCAUCAUCCUUGAUCUGACCAGCUGCUCCUUCCUGGAUAGCACCGAGGCCAUGCACCUGCGGAAGUCCCUGCACAAGCACAUGGGCGGCCUGAAGGACGUGCUCAGGGCCAUGGUGGACAGGCAGGUCCCCGACGCCGACACCUUCUGCUUGCUGCUGCCCCUCAUGCUGCAGAUCAACCCAGCCAGCCGCAUACCUAUCAGGCAGGUCAUAUACAUCACCUUCGCCGGGGGCAGCUCGGCCAGGCCCUCCUCCGUCAUGUUGACCCUGUACCAGCAAGUGGCGCCCACGGCCAUCACCGACACGCUCCUCCAAGGCAACCUGGGCAGCAUUCUAGAGGUCAUACAGAACUUCUCCAGCAGCCCCGAAGUCCAGUUCAGAGCCAUAAAGAGACUGAUGACAAUGUCCAAGGAUGAGCAAGGCAUGCCGUGGCCCAUGGAGCUGGUGAUGGUGGUGGUGGACGCCAUGAAGCAGCAUCAGAGGAUCCUGGAACUGCAGCUGUACACCUUCUCCCUGCUACUGCACAUCCUGGGGAAAGCGCUGAUGCAGGACCCCGAGGGGCAGCUGCUGCCGACCGAGUGGAACGGCUCCAUCAUCGCCUACCUGCUGAGCGUCAUGCAGAGCCACCCCACCUCCAUGCAGCUCAUCACCAUGGGCUACAGCAUCCUCACCAUCAUCUCCAGCCAAGGCGCGGCCUCUGAGGAGAUGCAGAAGGCAGGAGGGAUAGAGCUCCUCCUGGAGCACCUGGACCGCCAUGCGGAGAACAGGGACAUCUGCCUCGGCGUCUUAGGCCUGCUCUGGGCCCUCCUCGUGGACGCUGUCAUUGUGGACAAAGGCCUGCUGGACAGGAUCCCGGCCCUCGUCAUCCAGCACCUGGCCGCCCGCCCCGCGGACGGGGAGAUGGCCGAGGCGGGCUGCGCGGUGCUCUGGCUGCUGUCCUUACUGGGCUGCGUCAAGGAGUCGCAGUUUGAGCCCGUGGUGACGCUGUUCCUGCGGAGCCUGCGGCUGUGCCGGGACCGGGUGCUGCUGGUGAACAACGCCUGCCGAGGCCUGGCCUGCCUCACCAAAAUGUCAGAGCUGGUGGCCUUCCGGGUGGCGGUGCUGGAGGACAACGGCAGUGGCCUCGCCAUCCUGCGGGACAUCUACCAGCACCACAAGGACGACCCCGAGGUGGCGGAGAACCUGGGCAUGCUGCUGGCCGACCUCGCCUCUUACAAGGAGGUCGUAUCAGAGCUGGAGUCCGGGGGCGUCAGGGCCCUGGCCCAGGAGAUGGUGGAACGCUUCACCUCCAGCCCGGAGGUGGUUUCCUACGCAACCGAGGUGCUGCAGAGACUGGGCCCAGUCCCACCCGAGGAGCCCAGUCCCGCACUGGCGGAGAUGGAGGUCCCCAAGGGCCUGCCGGGGGACCCGCUCCCCCCGUGA